UGGGGGGGGCACUGUCUGAGAAUACCUUCAAGUUUAAAAUAUCUCGGGGGUGAGGGGUAAAUGGUCAAUGAAAAAAUUGAAAAUACAUGUGACCAAAAAAUAAAAAAAAUCCAUUUAUAUUCACUAUUUUGCAGUGAAAACCGUAAUAAUUUCAAAAAAUUCUACAACUUGUACUGUGAAUGCUUCCCUAUGUCGUGGAAGAAAAUAACUAUACAAAUGUCUCAGGUUACAUCGGUAGUAUUUGGAAUACAUUAGAAGAAACAUUAGAAUUUAAAACGAAAUUUCAAAAAACAGGAGAAUUAUCUGUCGAUGAAUUUUUAAAGGGUUCUUCUAACGUUUGGUUAAGCGCAGCGUCUAUUGAUAAAUAUUUUGGUGGGCAUUGUCAUUACAGUCACCAAAUAAUGACUAUUUCAUAUUCACUAUAUGCACGUGCAGUAGCAGCACGUGUAUCAAUGUGGUGGUAUGCACGAAUAUUUCAACCUGAAUUAUGGGCAGUAACGAUACUUUACAUCGUGGGAAUUAGUAGCUUUCUAUUUGGAAUGUAUCGAUUAAAAAAAAUGGCAUGUUCAAAUUUCGUUGAGUGUAAUAACGAAUUCGCUGGAAUAUCAUUUAAUUUUCUGUGUGUGCUUGGUGGUAUAACUGGUCAAGGUCUUCAAAAAUUACCAUCAUCUUGGUCAUUACGAUUUUUGAUAUUAACGUCACUGACAAUGGGUGUUUUAAUAACAUGUGGUUUCAAUAGUACUUUAAUGUCACAUUUAUCGAUACAAAGUAGUACAAUGCCAUUUACCGAUUUAACAGAUAUAUAUUUAAAUGGACGUGGUUCAUAUUCAAUUUGUGUUCGACGAAAUGAUGCACCAGAAGCUUAUUUACGUAACUUUGAAGAACAAAUUAAAAAAAAUAUGAGUGAAUUAAGUAUCGAAUGGCAUAAUAUUAUAAAUCGUAAUUGUCCAGAAAUGGAUAAUAAACAAACUUUAAGGUCUGCGUUAUGUGAAAAUGGUAAAUUAAUUUAUUUUGAAGCACCAGAAAUAUUUUUAUCAGCAUAUCGUGAAGUUAAACAUUUGUGUAGUAUUGUUAAAAUAGAUGGUAAUAUACAACCAAGAAAAAUAGCAUUUCUUGUUACUACAUCAUGGCCAUAUCGUAGAUUAAUUAAUAAAUAUUUGAUGAAAUUUCGUACAGCAGGAAUAUUAAAUUACUUUGAAAAAAAAUUUAUAUCACGAGAAUUUCCCGACACUACGGAAAGUAAAUUUUCCAGUGAAGUUGUUAUGUUUGAACAUAUACAAUUAGUAUUAUGGGGAUUAUGUAUAAUGUACGUUGUCAGUGCGACAAUUUGUAUUACUGAAAAUAUAUGGUUUCGGUUUACAAACAUAUCUAAAAUACAACGUAUUAUGUCACGUAGACGUUCAACAUAUAGACGUACACAAAAAAUAAUAUUACCCAUGAUUUAUAUUAAUAAUAAUGCACUUCAAUUACCAAUAAGGGUCAAUAAUCUACAUCCUACUAUUAAUUAGUAGCUAACAUAAAAUAUUAUGUAUUUCCAA